UGCCCCUUUGUCCUGCAACCCUCCCGUCCCUCUUUGGGUCUUUCCCGUCCGACUGCCCGUUCCUUUUCCUUUAAAAAGGUCAAACCCAAAGCUGAAAUCCGCAUCAGGACUCUGAAGUCCGGAGAUCUGGUGUACGGAUAUCGGCCUUGGGAAAGACCGCAUACGCGCCAUAUUGCCCCUCAAGAAAACCAUACCGAUGCCCAAAAAAUGUGAGGCCGGAAUGGGAACUCAUUCAUGAGAUGAGAUGUGUGCGUCGGCGAGACCCCUUCUCAUCACAUGUCUCUCCCGUUGCAAUGGUCUCGCUUGCCGGCCGCCGGUUGUGUGGAAACUCUUUGGAGCACUGGAAGGGCGGCCCCACCUUGCCGCCCAGUCCCGAAUACCCGCCCCGUUACGUUGGAUGCCCGUUUCUUUUGCGACCGUCCCGUCGCGGAUUUGGAUGCCGGCCACGUUCUCGCCCUUUUCGUUAUACCUUCCUGUCUCAGUCCGGAUGAACCGCCCGUUUCCCGAAACCUCAGCCCGGAGUAAGGAUUACCAACACAGCACACCUUACCCAGACAACCCGCCCCGGACCCGGCCCCGGACAGGCCUUCCGCCGGUUACCUCGGUGUCAUCUCCAGAGGCAGUUAUUAUAUCAUUAAAUUUCGUCAGUAGACCCUGACCACACUAUCGUCCGACCGAUGUCCACUCGACAGCGUGCCAACCGCAGGUUUCGUUUACCCUACCCACCAAAUCAGUUGGCUUGGCAUU